AUGGCCGAUAGGAUCACUUUCGUCCCCUCCGAGAAGAUCGACAAGGUGUUCGAGCACACUACCAACUUGGCCUCCUCUGGCCUCAACAGCAAGGUUCUUUCUUGUUCUAAUGAAUGGUUCGCCGAGGCGUCGAAUCUCCUCACUCCCACGCCCCCCGUCGACCGUCCCGGUGUUUUCAUCCAUACGGGCGCCUGGUAUGAUGGCUGGGAAACCCGCCGUCACAAUCCCGAGCCCUACGACUGGGUCGUGAUCAAAUUGGGUGUCUCCAGUGCCGCGAUUCUUGGUGUUGAGGUUGAUACGGGGUUUUUCGUCGGUAACUACGGCGAGAAGGCUGAGCUGCAGGGAACUUAUGCGCCGGAAGGCAGUGAGGUUACAGAUGCCGAGAUCGCAGACCCUAAAUACACCGGUUGGACAACUAUUCUUCCGGCCCAGCCCCAGGGUCCCAAGGAACGCCGGUGCUACCAGCUCAACGAUUACGAUCCCACCAACCCAAAGCCCUAUACCCAUGUGCGCUUGUUGAUGUACCCUGACGGUGGCUUUGGCCGACUCCGUGUCUACGGCCAUGCUAUCCCGGCCGCUCUCCCCCAGUCCAUCGCCGGCGGCGACCGCGCUCAGCAACCGGUCGAGGAACUGUCGUCUGCCCUGGUUGGUGGCUUAUCUCUCGGUGCGUCCAACCAGCAUUUCACACCGGCCUCGAACCUGUUGCUCCCGGGACGGGGCAAGGACAUGGGGGACGGUUGGGAAACGGCGCGGUCCCGCACCCCUGGCCACGUUGACUGGGCAAUCAUCAAGUUGGGCUUGCCUGGCUCUGUCAGUAUGAUCGUGGUGGAUACUAAAGAUUUCCGGGGCAAUUUCCCCCGGGCUGUGAGGGCCCACGGUCUUGUUGUAGGAAGUAUAUCGGAGGGAGAGAUUCCUGCCGAUGACCACCCCGGUUGGGUCGAACUGGUCAAGGGUGAUCAGCCCUGUAAGGCGGAUACCGAGCAUGUGUUCGAGGGUGCCGAUCUGGCCUCAGAGGGUGAGGACACCCGCACGUUCACACAUGUCAAACUGACCAUGGUGCCCGACGGUGGUGUCAAGCGUUUCCGCGUUUUUGGACGGAGAGAUAUCGCUGUAGAUGCAGCUCGCCGCUGUUAA